UCAACUCGCGCGCCUCUAUCGAUUAGUAAUAUCUGUUGUGUCACUGCAUGGCGCCUAUGUUUGAGUCUGAAGUCUGAAGCAAAAAAGAGGAAUAUUAUUGUACUUGGCAACCGGCGCCGAGCAGUCAUGGGCCGUCACUCAUCGGACAGCGAGGAUGGCAGCCGCAGCCGGCGCAAAAAGAAGCACAGAAAGCGUUCGUCUUCCUCUUCUUCCUCCUCCAGCUCAUCAGGGAGCAGAGUGACUAGCCGCAGCAAACACUCGAGCAGACGAAGCCGCUCGCGAUCCAGAGACCGAGAGCGAGAACGAGACCGAGACAGGAGACGCAGGCGUCGCUCCAGCAGCAGUUCCUCAAGAGGCUCCGGCCACAGGAAGAGAAGCCGCAGCGCAGAAAGGAGGCGGAGCCGAAGCGCGGAUAGAGGGCGGGGCCAAAGAUCCCGUCGUUCUGGCUCCCGCAGCCGCAGAAGGUCUCGUUCCCGUCAUCGCAGCCGAAGCAGCGGCAGAUCCAGCAGGAGACGCAGCCGCAGUCGAAGCCGAGACCGCGAUCGUGGUCAGCGCAAGACUCGAGACAAAGACAGGGGACGAGACAGAGGACGUGACAAAGACAAAGAGGACACAAAAGCCAAAGAAAAGGAAAAACAAGGGGACGUGGGGAACAUCAAAGCCGGAUUAGAACAUCUGACAGCAGCUGAACAGGCCAAGGCUCGACUCCAGCUAGUCCUCCAGGCUGCAGCUAAAACAGACGAGGCGCUGAAAGCGAAGGAGAAGAAAGAAGACGAGGUGAAGAAGAUCAAAGAGGAAGAGGAGGAGGUCUCUCUGGCCGAGCAGGUGAGGAGGAUAAAGGAGAUCGAGGCCAUCGAGAGUGACUCUUUUGUUCCUCAGGCUUUCAAAUCAUCCCGGGACGCCGGCAAGGGAGCUGAAUCUGUGGAAACCCAGGAGGCGGGGACUGGUGUCGCUCUCACUGUGAAGGAGGAAGUCAUCGCUCUGCCCACUGUGAUCAAGUACAGUAGCAGCGACACACUCGCUCACCCCAGUUUAUUCUUAGACAAAGAGGAGGCAGAGAGGUUGUGGCUGAAUCGACUCCUUUCACUGCGCCAGGAGAGGCUCAUGGGAAGUCCUGUGGCCUGAUCUCGACUCGUGAUCUCGACUCAUGAUCUCGACUCAUGAUCUCAACUCAUGAUCUCGACUCUGCCUCAUAAAGAUCUGAAUAUCAGCUUCUUUAAGAUGUUUUUCUUUUAAUUACUGUAUUUUUUAUUUGAUUGAUUUCAUUCUGGACACCAAUAAACUCAAGUGAUUCAUUAAAUCA